AUGGUCAAGCUAAUUGCUUUUGAUAAGUUUGACAACACAUCUGAAGCUCUCGAAGCAGUGGCUAAGUUGCUUGAGGGAACUCCAAGCAAAGGUCUCCGCAAAUUUUUGAAAGCUAACUGUGAAGGUAAAACCUUAGCGGUGGCUGAUUCAAAGCCUGGAAAUGUCAUCAAGGAGAAGCUGGAACUCAAAACAGCUGAAGUCAAAUCGAGAGGACGGAUGAGAUCGAUUCCGAAUGCAAUUGCAUCAUCGUCGAUGAAGAGAUUUGUUCACCGUAAUCUCCAGGGGAAAGGUAUUCCUGGAACUGCUCCUCCUUCGUUUAGUCAUUGCGGUUUCCGUUGCUGGGAACGAGCUUUUUCUGCUCUCGCUCAUGAUUUCAGAGAGAAAUUGAGGCAUGGGCUUCGUGAUAUUAAGUUAGAUGAUGCAUUGGUUUGUUCAGUGAAAUGAUGGGAAGAUGCUGCUGGACUACUGAGUGAUAUGAUUGAGAAGAAAAUCAACCCGGAUGUUGUUACGUUCAAUGCAUUGAUCGAUGCGUUUGUGAAAGAGGGGAAGCUUUUGGAGGCUGAAAAUUAUCGCCUAGAGGAGGCCAAGCAGAUGUUUGAUUUGAUGGUUAGCAAGGAUUGUCUCCCAAACGUUGUGACAUAUACUACUCUGAUAAAUGGAUUUUGCAAGUCUAAGAGGGUAGAGGAUGGCAUGGAACUGUUUCGUGAUAUGUCUCAAAGAGGAUUGGUUGGCAACACAGUCACUUACACACUCUUAUCCAAGGGUUUUUCCAAGCUGGAGAUUGUGAGAGUGCCCAACAAGUUUUCAAACAGAUGGUUUCUGUGGUGUGCCUCCCAGUAUUAUGACAUACAACAUUUUGUUAGAUGGGCUCUGUAA